ACUUGACACGACAUGAAACCAAGAUCAUAUUCCAUUAAACACACUUAUUUGAAGAAUAUCUCAUCUGCAUGGAAUUAAGAACUAAUCAUGUACUACGUUAACAAAACUCUGAGGGAAAAGAAUGUACAAGACCGUGUGGAGCGUUCCAGGUUGAAAGUACAGUUGAGUCUUAUCGAAAAACAGAAGAAAAGUGAACUGAGAAUGCUCGAGAGUGAAGCUCACAAGAUAAGAUCAAGAUUUUCCAAAACAGGAGUUUACCCUGCUUCGUUUUCUGAGGCAGCUGGCGUGAAGAUGUAUGAAACACACAAUCCUGGUUUUUGUUAUAGAAGAAACGGAACACAUAAAAUUCCUCCUUCAAUUCCUUCGAUACUAGCCCUCGAUUUUCAGCAACUCAAGAGCCUUAUAUUUACGGAUGAUGAAUUGGACAUAGAAAAACUCUUAUGUCUCCAUAUGCUUUCUGUUCAUAAAACAGAGACGCUCACUAUGCCAUACCAAAAACAAAUGAAGGAUAUAUCCAAAGAAAACACACCUAUGGAAAGAUUGAUACAGAGAUCAAGAAAAAUUAACAGACAAAAAAGAAAUGAUCAUGAUAUUCUGAAUUCAUUACCAAUCUAUGUAGUUGAUAUCAUCAUGGAUCAAAGUUGUACAACUCUUGACUCUAAGGAGGAGACUGAAGAUCAACUUUUCAGAGAUGCAAGGAUAUCUUCCAAAUUGAUCGUUAACAGUAAAAUUCAAGAAAUUUUAGCUUCCGCACUGACAGCUCUGAAAAAAUCUAAAAGUGAAAAAUUAAAACAAAUAGAGGAAACCUGUCAGAAUACUGUAUUCUUGAAAAAGAUCUUCAAUAGAUCGUCUAUGCAAGAGUUCUUGAAACUGUUGAAAACUUACUCGUUGAUCACAAGUUGUGAAUCCUAUUUUUUGACACCGAAAAUUAUACAAGAACCGAUUCAUCUCGAAGUUCGAACUAUCUUUGGGAACCUGGAAUCUCUGGUAGAACAGAUUCGAAAGUGCAUCUUACAGUUGCCUUCAAAAUCGAAGAACGAAUGGAGAUCGAUUUACGAACUGAAUGAGGAGCUGCCUGAUCAAACGUCAUCAAUAAAUUUUAAUCUCGCCCAAGACCAUGCUGUAAGCAAAACCAUCUAUGUGAAAAAGUCAUCGAAGAGUAUAGCGUCUUCAAUCCAAAUGGGAAAUUCGGAAAACGUGAAGAAAAGUUCUUCCUAUUUGGGUGGAAGAUCACACAGAAACUUCGUCAAUAGGAAUUUACCCAUUGUGGAGGAUGAAAGCGCAACAGAAAAUAUUUUUGUAGUUGGGAGUCGAUCAAGAAAAGGAUCUAAAACCGGUAUAUCCGAAAAAAUCCCUUAUAUGUUUUCAAAAUUCAAUCCUUUUCCAAUACAAAUGAUAGCUUCAGGACAUCAAACAAAUUUGGAGGCAAUAGAGAAUUCCCAAUGUGCCACAAGUUCUACUAAUGAACUAGACGAAGAAGAAUGUGAAAAAUAUGGAAUGACGGACACCGCGUCCUUCAUAAAAAGAACAAACUGCUGCGCUUGCCAAGAAAAAUGGAAACGUUCUUUACCCUCCCCAAAAAUUCCCAACUACAAGAGACCUGGACUUCCGUUACACAUAUACGAAGACCCCUAUAAGAUAUGUCACAUGAACAGAAUUUCUUCGAUGAUAUGUGAAGAAAGAUACAGGCUUAAUUCUUAUGAUACCAAGUACUCCAUGGAUAAAGUCAACCCAAGAAUAAAAUCACCCCAAACUUCUGCUCCACCUACUGCCCCAGAAAAUGUAAUUUACAGUGUUGCCGAGUCAGUCGAAAUAAGUCCUUAUGAUCUAGCGAGAGUAAGUCACGAGAUAGCAGAUAAAGAGACCGAUAAGAAACUGGAUGCAUUUCUGAAAUCGACUAUUUGAUGACAUAUUUCCCGUACAUUUA